CGAACACAGCCAUGGCCGUGUGUGCUACCAUGAUGCUUCUGGGUGUUUUGUUUGGCUUGUUAACACAGGCGAGCACGCUGCCUGUUAAGAAUUCUACAGGCGUUCAGGAAGGCAAAGUGAGGUUGAAAAGGAAAUACUCAGAUGAAAUGCCAGACUUCGAUGACAUCAAUGCAAUGGAUCAAAUCCUGGAAGUCAAUCGCAAGUUCCGAGCCCCCAGAGGAAUAUCAAUCAGAGAUGGAGAUAUUGCCGUUUCAUUUGUUAGGAGUGCCAUAAACUGCCCUGGGAACGCCUGUUUGUGGUCCAAAUCAGUGGAUGGAUUUGUGUAUGUGCCUUACAUUAUGUCGCCCAUCUAUGAUGACAUGGACAGAAUCACCAUAGAAACUGGGAUGCAGGACAUUUCUUCUGGAACAUGCGUUAAAUUUAUUCAACGCACGCACGAGGCCAACUUCCUUGAUAUUCAGCCUCGAUAUGGCUGUUGGUCAUUUCUGGGGCAGACGGGAGGAAGCCAGACCCUGUCACUGCAGACUCCCGGGUGCAUGUGGUCAGGGGUGGCGGCCCACGAGUUGAUGCACGCCCUUGGCUUUGUGCAUGAGCAAUCUCGUUCAGACCGAGACCACUACGUCUCGAUUGUGUGGAAAAACAUCAUGCCGGACCACAUGCACAACUUCAGGAAACAGGUGACAAACAAUCUGAACAGCCCGUAUGACUACGGCUCUGUGAUGCAUUAUGGAAGAUAUGCCUUCUCUGAAGAUGGUGGUCCAACGAUUAUCCCAAAGCCUGAUCCCUAUAUUCCUAUUGGCCAGCGAGAUGGGCCGAGCGGACUUGAUCUACACAAGAUAAAUGUGCUAUAUAACUGUGGUGCUAAUUGA